AUGUCGCGCCAAACAUCGCUCAUCAACCGGCCGGAAACGGCCGAUAUGAUGGAAUUGGGUCAAGGCGUGAAGAAGGUCGAAUGGGUGACAGAUUCGAGAUCGCCGUUAUGCGGCACUUUUAUUGUCUAUUUGGAGGAUCACACAUUUGGUACGCUCAUUAGAUCCCGACUUAGUAAAGAUGAGCGCGUUGCCUUCGUCGGAUACAGGGUACCGCAUCCACUUGAAAACAAGUUAGAGAUAAGGCUUCGUUGCAAGGUAGACAGCCCAUUCACAGUGAUGCUGAAUGCUAUAUCCAGCGUCAGACUCAAUGUGUCACAUUUGAAGAAGGUUUACUUGUCGGCACUACGUGAGAAAAGUGGCACUAUCAAUGCUAAUUCUUUUCAUGUGAUUCACAGGUGUGUGACAAUAACACGCGGUUUGGAGCUGUGCUGCCUGCAAUCACUGCAUACGAAGACGGGUGUAGACCCCGAAGCAUGGAAGGUCUGCAUCAACCCUCAAGUGGAGCCGAAGAUACAGAGCAGUCAUAUCACUGCAUUGGAUGUGUGUGAAGCGCCACGUACCUUGAGCAAUUACCGUUUCGUAGUAGUUGUGGGCUAUGCUAGCGGUGUUAUCUGCCUCGCCGGGGUGGGCAGUGAUGGUGUAUUUCACAUAAUAUCUCACAACGACAAAAAUAACAGUCAGGUGCUACAUGUGGAGGUACAUCUCGAUUCGAAAGCUGACACUAUUGGACGCCCGGCGCUCCAUAGCUUUGCGCUGCUGGAAGGCGGUACCAUAAUCCGCUUCGCUUGGGAUAACCUGCAGCAGACUAACAUAGAGUGCGGAGAGGGCAUAGUUGGGAUCCGAGCAAGCUUCAUGCACUCACUGAUUGUACAAUAUGCCGCUGAUCGCAUGGUACUCAAGGCACUGGACACAGACACCGCCAUCAAAACUUUCGAGAAAGUCGGUAGCGACAAAUGGAACCAGAAUGCUAUAUGCUUUCAUCCGCAAAAACCACUUAUCGCAUUUGCUGGUGACAGUGCGGUACGCUACACUGCUGCGCCUCGCUGGGAGACUUAUGAGUUCGGCCGCGGUGCUGUGCACACGGAGGCCAUAUCAUGUCUACAUUUCAUUAUGUUAAGCGAUAUGGUAGCAUUAAUGACGGCAAGUUCCGACAAAAUUGCAGUAUGGGACUUCGAUUCCCAAACAGUAUUGUAUUCUCGGCCAGGCCGUCAAUUCAGGGUCUGCACUCUAACUGAUGUCGGAGAAAAAGAGGUCACUCUGGCCAUAAUUGGCGACUUAAACAGCAGUGAACCAUGGCAAGUAACCCGGCUGUCUCUUCCCGCUGAUGACCGCAUGGUGGAGAUCGGUGUAAAGCGUCCUGCCGCAGCAAGCGGACAAACAGAACGUUCUGGAAUGACCAACAACAAGCGUUUGAGGAGAAUGGUAGAUGUAGAGGCUGAGGAUGCAGGUGACAAUGAGCAAGAAGAUGGAUUUUUCGAUGGCAUUGAUGCCAUAGAUGUUGAACCUGAGAAAUGGGAGACACCAAGAUCUGAAUCUGGAGAUAGGCGCCACAACGACGACGUGCUAAAUAUGUUGAACGAUGAGGCCAGCAUAACUUUAAUGGACGAUCUGGAACGACUUAAACGCCGCGUUGCCCAACUCGAGAAACGGUCGGAAAAGAGGUACCCUCUCACACCUGGAGCUUGCCCUCCACCUGCAGAUGAAUCAUCGCAAUGGUUAAUGUACUGGGAUGAUGUGGGACAGAUAACUAAACAAGGUUCUGACGACUCGAGUACCUUACAUGUACAUCUUUUCUCGGGCCCUAAUGCAGGUUAUAUACAAAGGCACGACCGCCACAACUGUCAUACUGCAGCACUAUCACCGCGUUCACUGGUAACUGGUAGUGAUGUAAUGUUCGCUGGAGCUCCACAUGGUUUGGUGACCUUUAACAACCUUACCACUAACGAGAUUUGGGAACGUAGGCUGAAGAACGAUGCAAUAGCCGCUGUUGCCGUGGCAGAUGACUUUGUGGCGGCACUGGGUAACGGUGUACUCUAUUUGUUCUCGGUUGCUGGUAGUGUAUUAGGAGUUUACCAACUCAAGGGUGAAGCUGUAGGUAUAGCCGCAAAAGGCAACUUGCUGGCGGUAAUCUCUGAUUGUUCAAGUUAUCAACGCUCAUCAUCCCUUUAUUCGAUACGAUUGCUGUGGGUAAACGGCUUGCGAGGUCUAGCGCGCAACUCUCUUAAUCGAGUUGUUGAUCUUUAUGACGAUUUGCUGGUACUACCAUCGGGUCGUCAUGUUGCAUGGCUCAGCAUUUCCGAUCAGUUGAACCUGUGGAUAGCCGAUUCUUCUGGCCAGUUACUCUCUCUGGUACCAGCAAUGGCGAGUUUCCACAAACUAGGGGGUGUCUCGUUUGAAUGGGUACCAUCUCUCCACCUUGCCGAUUUGCUACCUGAUGCUACUCAUGAUGAACCUCGUAAGCACAUCAAGGCGUUUCCUCUUUAUGUGAACGACCAGAAGCUGUGCUACGUCCGUCUUAAGGACAACGAGCGGUACCCACAUAGCCACGCUCCAGUAAACUUUUUAGGGUACACCUUACGCAAGGCUCCAUUGCGUAUCGAAUGCGCAAGCGGUGCAUAUAUGCCGUUCAGCCAAUUCCACUCGGUGAUGACACGCGACCCUAAGCUGAAGGAAGUGUCGGCGUCAGGUGUAGUGGAAGACGUCGCUGCUAUACCAUGGCAGCAGUACGACGAGAUGCGUCACUCUUUGACACUACAGGGUGCACAACUUGAGUUAUUGAUGCAGCUACAACAGGCCUAUGGUUUCUGGUUCCGCGAUGCUGAGCGUGUUACUCAGAAGGCGGCGACAUCCAUGGGUAACGUAGAGCUCGUGCACGACAAAUGGCUUUUGCGUAUGUUACGUAAAGUUAAGGGUCAGCGCCAGGACGGGAAUGUUUUGUUUGAUGUUUUGCGAAUGAUACGCUUCCAAAGGUGCCUUGACACUGCCGCGGACAUCCUUGCAGAUCAAAUGGACAGUCGUCAGAGGAAGGUACUGCAAGAUGCUUCCAUGUUACUUGCCGGUGUCCCUUCACGUGAACUUUUUGCGUCUCACGAUCAACAAGUACAAGAAAACCAACCGUCUGCGCGGUCGUCGGAGGUUGAUCGUACCUCUGGUCUUAGUGUUAAUGAGGUCAGCGUAGUCCGCGCUCCCGCGGACACUGUGAAAGAUCUAGCAGCUGCGAUGUCGAACGUUGUCCCUCAGCCUCAAACCACCACAGCAUCGAAGGCUGCAGGGCGGCCUGUUCCGGGUUUUGUGCCUGUGCAGAACGACAACAAGGAACCUGACAACUGGAUGGAGCAGGUUUUCAAAUCAUAA